UGAUGUUUGGGGCUUUUGGGCGUGGUUCUCCGAGGCGAAAAUCUACUUUAUAGUUUAUCCUCUCGAGUUUCUCCUCGGCACAUUCACAGCUUUGGGCAAUGGCAUCGACAAUUUCAAUCAGUGCUCAAGUACCAAAUCUGCGAGGAAUUUCUGAUUGGAAAAAACGAAGUAACCUUAAUUCAAUGUCAAAAAUAAUUGGCACUCGGAUCUCACCUUAUGGUCCUUGGAAAGUUGAGAAAAAUAAUAGAUCUCUUUGUGUUUGUGGCCUAUUUGGAGGGAAAAAGGAGAACGAGGAGAAGAGCGAUGAUGCACCUUCAAAGGCAGGAAUCUUUGGAAACAUGCAGAAGUUAUAUGAGACUGUGAGGACAGCGCAACAGGUUGUCCAAGUAGAGGCAGUGCGCGUACAAAAGGAACUUGCGGUGGCAGAGUUUGAUGGCUACUGCGAAGGAGAGCUAAUAAAGGUGACAUUAUCCGGAAAUCAGCAACCUCUUCGGACAGAGAUCACUGAGGCUGCAAUGAAAUUAGGACCAGAAAAAUUGUCCCUUCUAGUUACUGAAGCAUAUCAGGACGCACAUCAGAAGAGCGUUCAGGCCAUGAAGCAAAGAAUGAGUGAUCUUGCCCAGAGUUUGGGUAUGCCACAAGGCCUAAGUGAGGGAUUGAAGUAAAACCUUUUAUGUCUGUCGAGCUUCAGUUUUGUAAAUGCAGCGGCAGUGGGACUACGUAAUUGUAAUCUGACCUUGACAGGAAAUUCCAUAUCAGUUUUUACUGGUGAACUAAAUGUUUGGGAACCUUGUUCUCCAUCUUUAGAUGUAAAAAAAAAAAAAAAAAAACAGCUAUGAUAUUUAUCGUGGAA